CUUUGAAGCUGCGACGCUACAGCGCGAGCUCAACAGCCACAUGCUCUUAUAGCAUCUCCCCUUCUACUAUCUGCAACAAUGAAUAUUGCUCAGCCGAUCCCUUCGACUGUUCAGAGCAUUUCCUUCUCGUUCUUGACUUCGGAAGAUGUACGCAGGAUCUCCGUAAAACAAAUUACGAACCCAAUUCUCCUAGACGAGCUUAAUCGGCCAACUAUCGGCGGCUUAUAUGAUCCUGCUCUUGGACCGAGUGAUAGGAAGGAUAUAUGCGCAACAUGUCGACUAACGCAUUUUACGUGUCCCGGGCAUUUUGGUCAUAUUGAACUUCCGUCCCCGAUUUUCCAUCCUCUGUUCAUGGUUAGCAUGUAUAAGUUGCUAAAGGGAACUUGCACAUUUUGUCAUAGAUUCAAAAUACGACGGACAGAGCUAGUGAAAUACGUUGCGAAACUUCGGCUCCUUGAUCACGGUCUCCUCGAUUAUGCAAAUGCAAUUGAUGAGAUGAAGCCAAACGUCUCGCAAAAUGAGGAUGGAAGUGAGGACGAGGAUACAGCAGCUGAUGAAUCUUUAGAGGAAUUCUCUCGGCGCGUCAAAAUGACUACCCAACUUUUCUUGCGAAUGCAUCCAGAGCGUAAACGUGAUGACUACAAGGAUGGCUUAGUCUUUCAAGCACGUAAGGACGUUAUUGCGGAGUUCCUAGCUACUACUGCUCUAAAACGAUGCCAGAACAAUGAUUGUAAAGCGUUCGCUCACUCUUUGCGCAAAGAGGGCCAUACAAAAAUCGUCGAGCUCGAUCUAACGACAAAACAGAAGGCUCAACAUAUUCAGAUGAACCUCAGAAGGAACAACAUCCUGCACCAAGAGCGUCAUGGGCGACAGAGCACUCAAUACGCCGAUGAAGACGUAUCUGGUUCUGAAGAAUCAGAGGGAGAGGGAGAAGCGGUUUUCUCCGAUGAGGAGGAUGGUGCUGAGCCCGAAGAGAAGAGGGAAGCUCUCCCGAAAUCUGCCAGCGGGAAAGUUAAAACCAUGCGAGGUAGAAAUGAGCGAAUAAUCACUCCGGAAGAAUGUCGAGCUCAUCUUCGUCGCUUAUUUGCUAACGAGGUGUCCAUGUGUUCCCUUAUUUUCGGCCGACAUGGCCCCUUCGCACGUGUCAACACGGACCGUAUUUCGCCAGCUUCUGCGGACAUAUUCUUCAUGGACUGUCUACUUGUCUCACCGACUCGCUUUCGGCCUCCAGCCAAGAUGGGUGAUACGCUUUUUGAGCACCCUCAUAACGAACUCCUGGCCAAGGUACUCAAUACGUCGUAUAGUCUUCGAGAUCAAGCAGACGCACUAAGAGCUGCAAACGAGAAAGACUCGACUGUGGACGAGGUUUCACGUCGGCGUAUGUUAGGCAGGCUCAUCGAGAGCUUGGUACAGCUGCAGGUGGAUGUCAAUAGCUUCAUCGACAGCAGCAAGAAUCCCCAAAGAAUGCGUCAGGGCAAAUUGCCUCCCGCCGGUGUCAAACAGAACCUUGAGAAGAAAGAAGGAUUAUUCCGGAUGAACAUGAUGGGGAAACGUGUCAAUUAUUCGGCAAGGUCUGUCAUAUCGCCUGAUGUGAAUAUCGACACGAACGAGAUUGGUGUACCUCCUGUCUUCGCUCGCAAACUCACUUUCCCAGAACCGGUCACAGAACACAACGUGCAUCUGAUGCGCGAGCUGGUCACAAAUGGGCAUCACAAGUAUCCUGGCGCAAGCAUUAUUGAACUUGAAGAUGGUACCAAGCAAUCUCUGGAAAAAAUGAAUGUGGAAGAACGACGAGCACUUGCAAACCAAUUGCUUACUCCACAAAACGAUUUGCAUGGUUCGUCAAAAAUGGGAUUGACAACCAAGACGCCUGCCGUAAAUAAAAAAGUUUACCGGCAUCUCCGGGAUGGUGAUGUUCUCAUUCUCAACCGACAACCGACUCUACAUAAACCCAGUAUGAUGGUGCACAAGGCUAGGGUACUCCAGGGAGAGAAAACUAUUCGGAUGCACUAUGCUAACUGUAAUUCAUAUAACGCCGAUUUUGACGGUGAUGAAAUGAACAUCCAUUUUCCGCAGAACGAACUUGCUCGAUCUGAGGCUAUGUUCAUCGCCAACACUGAUAAUCAAUACCUCGUGCCGACGUCAGGAAAACCUCUACGAGGUUUAAUACAGGAUCAUGUCGUAGCAGGUGUCUGGAUGACUAGUCGUGACACGUUCUUCUCUCGCGAGGAGUACUUUCAGCUUCUAUACGGAGCUCUUCGACCAGAAGAACAGACAGAUGGUCGCCUUCGCACCCUACCACCAACAAUUUGGAAGCCAGUACCAUUAUGGACUGGGAAACAAAUUAUCUCGACAAUCUUGCUUAACAUUACCCCAUCUGCAGCUCAGGGACUGAACCUCACGUCGAAAGCUAAAGUCUCUGGUGAUCUAUGGGGGAAAGGUUCUGAGGAAGGAAGAGUCGUAGUCAUGGACGGGGAGUUACUCUGCGGUAUUCUGGACAAAUCGCAAUUCGGUGCCACUGACUAUGGUCUCGUACAUUCCUGUUACGAACUUUAUGGCGCAGACAUUGCUGGAAGGCUCCUUGGCAUCCUGAGUCGUCUCCUUACCAAGUUUCUUCAGCAUAGGGCAUUCACUUGUCGAAUGGACGAUCUUACGCUCACCGCACUUGGUGAUUCUCAGAGACGUAGCUUGUUACAGAAGGGCAAGAAUCUUGGACAGGAAGGCGCUGAGGAAAAUUUCCCGUCAUUGGCUACGAUGCCUGUGUCGGAAAAGAAGGGUGCUUUGCGAGCAUUCCUCCGAGACGUAUUGAGGGAUGAUGCAAAGAUGGCUGGACUUGACGUCACUGUCAAGAAAAAGCUUGCUGGUCUUACAAAGUCAAUCGCAGAUGCUUGCAUGCCUCAUGGCUUGAGCCGCAAGUUCCCGCAUAACCACAUGCAAAUGAUGACCCAGUCUGGUGCGAAAGGUAGUGCAGUUAACGCACAACAGAUUUCCUGUGCACUCGGCCAGCAGGAGCUAGAAGGUCGCCGUGUUCCUGUAAUGAUUAGCGGGAAGACGCUCCCUUCUUUCAAGGCCUUUGAGACUGCUGCUAUCGCUGGUGGAUACGUCGCGAGCCGAUUCCUGACGGGUGUCAAACCUCAAGAAUUUUACUUCCAUUGUAUGGCUGGUCGAGAAGGUCUCAUCGAUACAGCUGUGAAGACUUCUCGAUCAGGCUAUCUUCAGCGAUGCUUAAUCAAGCACCUGGAGGGUAUCCGUGUGCAUUACGACAACACCGUGCGCGCUAGUGAUUCUUCAAUUCUUCAGUUUCAUUACGGUGGUGACUGCCUUGAUGUAACGCGACAAAAACAUCUAACCCAAUUCGAGUUCGCCGCGCGGAACGAGCGAUCCCUGGUCGCGUCCCUUAGGACGCCCUCUGUCGAUCAUUUUGACGACAACGAAGGCGCUAUCAAACAUAUGAAGGAUGCGCUUAAAUACCUGCGGAAACCGAAGAAAGGAAAGAAAUUAGAUCCUGCGAUGUCUGUUUACAAUCCGAGUAGGAAUAUCGGUGCAACGUCGGAGAAGUUUGCUCAGAAAGUCGAAGAGUAUAUCAAGUCGAAUCCAGACCAUAUGCUCAAAGACAAAAACGCCGAAGCCCCGUUGUGGUUGUCGAAGAGUCGCAAAGGUAUUUCACAUAAGAUGUUCCGCAUGCUCAUGAACGUCAAGUACAUGCGAAGUAUGGUGGAUCCUGGUGAGGCGGUCGGACUCCUCGCAUCGCAAGGUGUUGGGGAACCCUCGACACAAAUGACGCUGAACACAUUCCAUUUUGCUGGCCAUGGUGCUGCGAACGUUACCCUUGGUAUCCCGCGACUUCGAGAAAUCGUCAUGACCGCAUCGACCAAGCCAAAAACUCCCUCAAUGACAAUGCGCGUCUGUGCAGGUGCCGACGAUAAACUCAUAAAAUCCUUCUGCAAACGCGCAAGCCGACUUGCUUUAUCGCAAAUUGUGGAUAAGGUCGAAGUCAACGAGAAGCUUGCUCGAACCCGUCGAAGACAGUUCAGCGUCGCUAUUUCAUUUUACCCGAAGGAUGAAUAUCGAGAAGAAUAUGACCUGGAACCUUUAGAAAUCUUACCUGCGUUCGGCGUUGCAUUCCCACAGAUAUUAAGAAGAGAGAUUCAGUUAGAACUCAAGAAGCUGAAAGCGGAUUUGAGAACGCAUUUAUCGGAAGUUGGGCGUGGGCGAACCGAACCACAGGUAGGAGCGAACCCCGAGGGAGAUGAGGCUAACGCGAACGCCACUGCCGUGAACGACGAUUCCUCAGAAAUAGGUGACGGCGACGCGGAUGCUGAAAAACGUGCGCGCCAGACAAAGCAACAGGCCACAUAUGAGUCGGAUGAAGAAGAGGACUCUCCUUCAGGAGAAUUCGAUGACGCCGCACUUGAAGCGGAAUUUAACGAGUCUGCAGAUAGCCCUGACUCUGAUGACGAUGCUAUGGAUGUUGAUGACCUAACCGAAGUCGACGGGCAAAGCAUAAAGGACAAGAUCAGUGAGGUCCGGAAUACUUUCUUCCUCAACUUGAAGUCAGCGAGCUCGUUCAAGUUCUCGGACUCUGGUGUCAGUUUCGAUCUAGAGUUUCCAUCCGACCAACCGAAAUUGCUUCUUGUGGGUCUUGUUGAAAAGGCUUGCAAUAAGACGAUUGUACGUGAGAUCAGUGGUAUUGCCGAUGUCUUCUUAUCCAAGGACGAAGGGAAAGACAAGCAAUUCAAGCUUGUCACUAAUGGGUCAAAUUUCCAAGGAAUGUGGCGCUUCGCAAAUGCGUUCGAAGAAGAGUCCGGAGAGCCCGUCGUGGAGCUGAACGACAUAUAUGCCAACGACAUAUACGCAGGGUUGGUCGCGUACGGCGUUGAGAUGGCUCGUGCCCUUAUCUUGAAAGAGAUUCAGAACGUCUUCGGUGCUUACAAUAUAGAUGUCGACAUUCGCCAUCUCGAGCUCAUUGCAGAUUAUAUGACAUUCGACGGAGGAUACAAGCCCUUCAAUCGGAAGGGAAUAUCCACUAAUCCUUCACCUCUCCUAAAAGCAUCGUACGAGACGACGGCCGCAUUCAUCAGUGAUGCGACCCUGCACGGUGACUUUGACGACCUGAGGACGCCUUCUGGGAACAUCGUUCUUGGCCGACCCAGUCUCAGUGGCACGGGAGUCUUCGACAUUGUUCACUCUUUGCACUAGAGAUUGUAUUGCAUUGUUUGUUUAUUGUUUGUUGCUCUUUUCGUGUUGCUGUCAAUUCAAAAUUCGUGGGAACUCCAGUCCACAAGCAACCAAACAACGAGUCGUGAGAAUUUUCGAGAACGCUGCAGUCACAAUUGUGACGAAGCGCGUUUUGCGACGUCUGCAUUCAACCACCACAACGCG